AUGGUCAAACUCUUGCUGCAUUCCGUCUGUCUCGCGCUGGCCGUGUCCGCUGUUCCUGCAGGCCCACACGACUCGCAAAUGCCACUUGGCUCGUCGGUGACUGGCUUUGACCUUGAUUUGUCGGAACAACGUCUGGUACAGCUUGAGGGUCAAGCGCCACAAUGGAUCUCGGAAUUGGACAAGAUCCAGCUCAAGGCCAAGAAUGUCAAUUUCUUUGACAUCACGGACGCGCAAGAACUGGGACAUUCCAUUGUUGCGAGGCCAUUACUCAAGUCUUCUUUUCCCUCCCCCAACGCCACCAAGAAGGUCGAAUCGGUCUUGAAGACCCUCUCUACCGAAGGCCCCAAGAGUAAUCUUGAGAAGUUCACCAGCUUUCGAACCAGAUACUAUCGCAGUGACACGGGCAGGCAGAGCCAGCAAUGGCUUUUGGCCCAGAUAUCGAAGAUAACAGCAGACUGGUCAUCCAAGUCAUUGCGCAAAUUGAUCAACGUUUCCGAAUUUCCACACUCCUGGGGACAGAAUUCCAUUAUCGUCAGGAUCAAUGGUUCUUCGACAGUUGACGAUAGCGUCGUUGUUAUCGGAGCACAUCAAGACAGUACGAACAUGUGGCCCUUUUUGCCAGCUCCUGGAGCGGAUGAUGACGGCUCGGGGAGUGUGACUAUCCUUGAAGCGUACCGUGCUUUGAUUGCCGCCGACUUCCAUCCAACUCGCAGCGUUGAGUUCCACUGGUACUCUGCCGAAGAAGGUGGUUUGCUUGGUUCGCAAGCAGUGGCGAAAGAUUACGCUGCUCGGUCGGUUAAUGUGCUCGCAAUGAGUCAGUUUGAUAUGACAGCAUGGGUGAAGAGAGGCACCCGUGAGGAAGUGGGAGUAAUUAGUGACUUCGUUGACCCAAGUCUCACCGCGUUCAACAAGCAACUUGUGGAGAAGUACCUGGAUAUCCCUUUCGUGGAAACGAAAUGUGGUUAUGCAUGCAGCGAUCACGCCUCAUGGUCGAAGGCCGGGUACCCCAGCAUUUUCACCAUAGAGAGCUCCUUCGAGAACUCCAACAAACACAUUCACUCUGCCAACGAUCGCAUCGACAUCUCCGACGAGUUUAGCUUCUCGCACAUGUUGGAGUUCUCAAAGCUUGCUGUUGCGUUCGCAAUCGAAUUGGGUGGUUGGAACUAA